AUGCGCCGGCGCAAAGGGCAAGGACACGGCCUUGGGGGACAGCGGCGGUCCUCUCUUCGACCCCAACACGAGACAGCUGAUGGGCAUCGUGUCCAACGGGCAGGAGUCUCUCCACCUGGGGGUCUACGUGAGGGUCUCGCGGUACAUGCCGUGCAUCACGAAAACCUCGGCUGGACCUCGCACUCAACGCAGUCGCCCAUGCCCGUGGACCAGCAGGUCGAGGAGCACUGCGGGCGUCCCGGGAACGACAAGACUGCCUGUUUGGCGGCGGCCGAUCGCUGCAAGGCGGAGGUGAAGCCCGACGGGGUGUUGCCGGUGCAUCUCGAAUGCGUCGACAGGGUGCAGGUCUGCGACGAUUCAAGGAUGGACAAGUGCAUCGUGAUCGCGAAGGCAUGCCAAUGGGAAUGA